CACAAUCUUGCAACCGGGUCCAAGGCUUCCGAGCUUGAAGGAGGGCAGUUGAUUUGUGUGGAAUUCUUGAAGCUGCGGAGUGAUUGAGUUGUUCAGGUGAAAGUGGCGCCGGAAAGCCGCGUGGGGGUGGGGACUGCCGCAACGUUGAAUAGCCCAUUCAUUAUCAAGGGGCCUCGAAGGCGACAAGUGCUGGUAGUGGAUUGAAGAUUUGCUGAUUUUGAAGAAGAGUUUGUGUGACGAGUCAACAAUGCCCGCAGAGGAAUGAGGAAUAUUCCGAGCGUUUCUAUAGAAGAAGUCCUUCUUUUGUCGCAAUGGCAUGCGUUUAAGAAAAAUAGUGUUCAAGCCGUUGAGUCGUUGGGACGUCAGGUGCCAGUGUACAAGUGCUGAUUAAAUCCUCAUGUAAUCAGAAGGCAGUGUACGCAAUCAGUCAGUUGUUUUUUGUGUUUGAUAGUUUAACGAAGGAUUGAAGAAAAGAAUACAACUGAAUUGUGUUGUUGUGUCGGAUGUACCUUUCGGCCGGGUUGAGAGAGAUUAUGGAUAAUUCCCACGCCACGUCGAAGCAUCAGCACCGGGGCCAGGAUGAGGUGCUUCACACGGAUAUGAACCAGCAGCAAACAACGAGUGGCAGUUCGGUAAUGAUGAUGAUGAGUGGCGAUGCGGCCGCCGUACCGUUUUCCAGCUCAACGAACGGCGUCACUGGGACGGGGGACGGCUUCUAUCGAGGAUUGGUAGCUUUGACCGGCAAUGUCAGCGGCAUCAACGGGAUGAAUAUGUCAAACAGCAGCGAGCCGGGGAUUGCCGCACCAGGGCACACCGAAACGACCGUGGCCGUCAUCAUCGUGUACUGCGUGCUGUUCAUCAUUGCCGCCGGCGGUAAUUUGUCCGUCGUGAUAACUCUUUUCCGAUCCCGGCGCCACCGGCGGUCCCGCGUCAGCCUCAUGAUUUGCCAUCUGGCCGUGGCAGACCUGAUGGUGGCUUUCAUCAUGAUUCCGCUGGAGGUCGGCUGGCGCAUUACGGUCCAGUGGCAUGCGGGGAACGUGGCCUGCAAGGUGUUCCUGUUUAUGCGGGCCUUCUGUUUGUAUUUGAGCUCGAACGUGCUGGUGUGUGUGUCGCUGGAUCGGUGUUUCGCUGUGAUAUAUCCGCUGAGGGUUUCGGCCGCCCGGAAGCGGGGCAAAAUAAUGCUCGGCGGAGCGUGGUUCAUCGCCUUUGCCAACGCCAUUCCACAGAGCAUCAUCUUCCGUGUUCAACACCACCCAAACUUCCCGGGCUUCACGCAGUGCGUGACGUUUGGGUUUUUCACGACGCCCGCCAUGGAGACGGCCUACAAUCUGUUCUGCGUUGUGGCGAUGUACUUCAUGCCCCUGAUGGUCAUCAGUGCGGCGUACACCGUUAUCCUGUGUGAAAUCUCCAACCGAUCGCGAGAGAAAGAGACGAGCGAUACGAGCCACACCGGUGGUAUGCGGCUUCGUUGCAACGAUUUAACCCACAUCGAACGUGCCCGGCAGAGGACACUCCGGCUCACCAUCACCAUUGUUGUCGUGUUCGUGUGGUGCUGGACGCCGUACGUUGUGAUGACACUCUGGUACAUGUUCGACCGGGAAAGUGCCCUCAAAGUGGACGGAGCCAUCCAGGACGGUCUGUUUCUGAUGGCGGUUUCAAACUCGUGCAUGAACCCGCUGGUUUACGGUUCCUACGCGAUGAAGUGUCGGCGGCCUUGGCGCAGGCAGGCGCCUCCGAACGGAUUGCAAACUCCGAACGCAGCGCAGCGCCGGUCCACGGUCUUUCUUCUUACCUCGUCCACAGAUGCCGUGUCGGGGAUGGCGGGCCCACACUCGGACCGACUCACCGGACGAGACAAUAAGGACGAGCUGGUGGCGUACGAUGGCACGGACCGGAACAAGCUGAAGCUCAAUCAGUUCGGCUUGGCCAACGGAUUCCCGGCCAAGAACGGCGGCACGAUGGCGGGUGGUGCUGCCGGCACAUCCGUGGCCACAACGAGAUUCGGAUACUGCACCACAACUGUGGGCGGGCGGAACGUGACCGAGCCCAUUCGAACGGUGACCAUGAACAGUGGCAACAGGGGGAAAGGCUUUCAACCCAGCUACAGCGAGUUUGUAGUGCUGGCAGAUGAACGCUCGAUGAUGCUGUCACGGCCAUCGUUCUACUCCGACCCCACCCCGAACGAUUUCGACUCGACUGUUGAUUGCGGUCUGACCCGCAGUCUGGAUACCGGUGGCUGGCGAUGAUGAAUCAGGAACAAACAUAGUAAGUAGCUAGACCAAUGCGAAAGCACAAAUCUGCAUUACAUUCACCAGGACGUACAAUUCAAUCAGGGUAGGGCAGUGUUUUGGGGGGAGCGGGAAACACGCAGCUUUUCCAGGGAAAAUGAUAUGAGCAGCAUGCAAUGUAGGGUAACGAUAGAUGGAGGUAAAUCGGAGACCGGUAGAUAGAGGAGUAUUUUUUCUAAGCAUGUAUAUCUGAAAAGAAGCACAAUAUCGAAGAGUGAGUCAAAUGAUAAAUCUAUAUUUUCAUUUGUUCGUUUAGGAAACCGAAUAAAUAGGCAUUCAUGUUCUAGAAAUUAAA